AUGGAGGCAUCUUGUUCUCUUCUGAGAAGCGUUUCCUGCAGGGCCUUUGAGGAGGAGCAAAAGCUCAGAAAGCAGGAGAUUGUCAGUCGGAUCUUGAAAGAGGAGGCUAAGGAGGAAAAACGGAAAAGGCAACAUCCCCCUGCCAAAGCCAGAGUCCCACGGACGCUGAGAAACAAGACCUGGAGCUACAUCUCUGACUUCUGUGAAGGGAAGACAGCCAGUUACCCACUCGAGAAUGACACUGUUGAAUACCCUGACCCCGCUCGGUUGCUGAAAGCCAUCUCCAGUGAGUCCAUUCAGGGGGACCCCGAGGCCACCUCUGAGGAGGAGACGUUAGCUGUGCCGGAGAUCCCCGGGCUUUGGAACGAGGACUAUAAGCCCUACCAGGUGCCCAAGGAGGAUGUGGACCGAAAGCCCGUGGGCGGGACGAAGAUGGACAAGGACGUGUUGGCCCGCACCAUGGCGCAGCUGCGGAGCGCGGUGGUCCACAGGCAGGUGGUGUCAGGGCGUGAGUUCAAAGGCCGCCCCUUCAACAGCAAGCCGGAGCUCAUCCUCUUCAAGGACUUUGAUAUUGGCAAAGUGUACAAGAAAAAGAUCACACUGAUAAACGCCACCUACACAAUCAACUACUGCAAGCUGGUGGGCGUGGACGACCACCUCCGGGACUUCAUCCAUGUCGACUUUGACCCCCCUGGCCCCAUGUCUGCUGGGAUGUCCUGCAAAGUUCUGGUCACCUUCAAGCCCAUGAUAAAUAAAGAUCUGGAAGGAAAUGUCUCAUUUUUGGCUCAGACAGGCGGAUUCUCUGUUCCACUGAAAUGUUCAACAAAGAAGUGUUCUUUGUCACUUGACAGAGAGCUCAUUGACUUCGGCAGCUACAUGGUAGGCGAGACCACGUCCCGGAUCAUCACGCUGACCAACGUUGGGGGCUUGGGCACGAAAUUCCAGUUUCUUCCAGCCUCAGAGCCCCAUACGAUGGACGACUCACAGGUGGGUAGUGUUCUGAAAAUGAGCAGCCUCUUCACAUCCGAAGACAAAAGUUUGUAUGAAACAGUCGUCCCCAGUUUUUCUGAGCACCAGUUUGAGGGCCGCGAGUCCUCCCCAGUGGACACACAGAGCCAGAAGGGGUCGGAGAGGCUGGAUGGCAAGGACCAGGACAGGGGGCGGCCGGCAGAAAGUCCCCUGGUCUUUGAAGUGGCCUUAAAACAGGGAACACACCUUACCAUGGCUGGGCAGCCUGGCCAGAGGCGGAGCCACCACGGCUGGAGGGACUGCCAGCCGCUGCAAACGUCUGGUGUGAAUGUGGGGUGCAGGGACAGAUGGAGCCUGCUGCUUGGCGGUGACAAGUUCAACAAGUUGGAGGAGCUCAGAAAUGGGGGCCCUGCUGCCUUUACAACCCAGACCCAAGAAAGGAUGCACACUACCCUGGGAGAACCAGAGGGAGGAAAUGCAACCAUCAACGUGGCCAGCGAGGCGCAGAUGGAGAUCAGGCUGGGGGAGAUAACAGAGGGGGAGAUCGGUGCCUUCAGCUCCACCAGAGUGGCCAUCAUCUUCACCCCGCUUAUCCCCGGAGAGACGCGAGCCAAGUUCAAGGUCGUGUUCAGCAAUGCACAGUGCCCAGCACUGUAUUUCAGAGCCACAGGCAUGGCUGUCGACGUGCCAGUCUGGGUGCCCAAGCCCAACGUGGACCUGAAGAUCUGCGUGUACGACCGGCUCUACCAGGACUCAGUGCUCGUCCACACGCGGUCGAAAGUGGCGCUGCGCCUGCGGUUCGAGGUGUGCAGGGAGCUGAGGGGCCACAUAGAGCUCCUGCCCGAGACCGGCUACAUCCAGGCCUUGUCGUCCUACUCAGUGCAGCUCAAGUUCCUGCCCCGACUCUCCCUCCCGGAAGAUGCAGGGAAGUAUUUCGACAAGGAAAGCCGAAUUCUGGAGGCCCCGAUGACAAUAUGGGUGGCUGACCAGAUCAAGCCCGUGGGGUUCACCGUCCAUGCCAUCGUCACCACCUCAGACCUGGAGGUCAGCCCCUCGGAGCUGGACUUUGGCUACUGCACCAUCUACGAGGCCAUCAAGACCGAAGUCAGCCUCUACAACCACUCGCUCCUGCCCCAGGAGUUUGGCUUCGUCGGACUCCCCAAGUUUGUGGACAUCCAGCCCAACGAUGGGUUUGGGACAAUCCUGCCUCUGGAAACUUUGCAGCUCGAUGUGAUCUUCCAGCCCACCAAGGCCAAGGAGUACAGCUUCGAGCUGAUCUGCAAAUCUGAGAUUAACCGGUGCUUCAAGCUGUCUUGCCGGGCCGUGGCUGUCCACCCGCCCCUGGAGCUGUCCCACUACCAGAUCAAGUUUGCGGCCACUGCCUUGUACAGCACCUCCGUGGCCACGCUGUACGUGGUCACCUCACAACUGAGCGUGAACUCGCUGACCCGCUCCGUGCCACGCAUGGGCUUGGAGGACACCUCCCUGGUGGGGCCGGCGUCUUUCGAGUUCCUGCUACCCCCGGACUCGCCCAUCACCAUCUCACCGUCAGUGGGGACCGUGCUGCCGGGGAAGAAGUGCCUGGUCCAGGUGGCCUUCCGGCCCGUGCUGCCCGAAGAGCUUAUCCGCCAGGAGGCCCUCCGGACCCUGAACAAGAACAUGGAGGCCGAGUCGUUCCGAAAAGACACGGCCACCCAGAGGAAGGACCGGCAGAGACAGUCCCUCUUCACGAUUCGACUGCACAACCAGGACCAGUCAUUCCGGGUCUCCACCCCUCACACCCUAGACCUUCAGAAACAGGAGCUCAAGGCCAGCUACGAUGAGGACCAAACGGCACAGGCGGCCCUGGUCAGAGCUUUCCAGGGGAAGUUUGACAAGUUUGUGGUCCCUUGUGUUGUGGCCACUGGUGACAUCAAAGACAGGAAGAGAUUGGAACCUCUGAGCUUCAGCCCCCACAACACCUUGUACCUGGAGCUGUGGUGUCCAGCGGUGGCACCGUCUGUCAUGGUGACAUCUGACAGAGGCAAGACCAUCUGCAACUUUGGAGAUGUCGCCGUAGGACACUGCAGCAUCAAGAAAGUCUCCAUCCAGAACAUCUCUGCUGAGGAUCUCUCUGUGGAGUUCUCCGUGCUGAACCCCAACGGCCCCUUCCUCCUGCGGAACCCCUCCGGCCAGCUGCACGCGGGCGAGACCCAGGUCCUGGUUCUGUCCUUCUCUCCACACGACAGCAUCCUGGCUCAAGAAACGCUGGACAUCAUCACCAAAAGAGGCACGCUCACCCUCACCCUCGUGGGCACCGGCGUGGCAUCCACGAUCACGUGCUCCAUUGAAGGCGACGUCCUCAACAUGGGCUACGUGAUUGCCCGGGAAUCUGUCUCCUCAAGCUUCAAGCUGCACAACAGCUCCCGGCUGCCGGUCGAGUUCUCCGUGCGGCUGGACAGCCUCUCCAGCGCGGGGGCCGAGCGCCGCCAGCAGCUGCCCCGCUUCCUGGCCUCGCCCCUCGCCUCGGCCGCCCAGAGGACCGAGGUGGUCGGCACACAGAACCACGGCGGCCAGAGCGUGUUCAGCGUGGUCCCGGUCCACGGCGUCCUGGAGCCCGGGAGGGCGCAGGAGUUCACCGUGACCUUCAGCCCGGACCACGAGAGCCUGUACUUCUCCGACCGGCUCCAGGUCGUGCUUUUCAAAAAGAAAAUCUCCCACCAGAUCCUCCUGAAGGGUGCCGCCCGGGAGCACGGCAUGUUUGUGGAGGGUGGAGACCCCCUCGACGUGCCCGUGGAGUCUCUGGCUGUUACCCCUGCCGUGGACUCAGAGCACAGAGAGGCCAGCUCCCGGCCAGCCCCUCUCUCUCCAGAAGCUGAGGAGAUGAAGCCCAUCCUGGUGACCCUGGACUAUGUCCAGUUUGACACAGACACACCAGCCCCACCUGCCACCCGAGAGCUGCGGGUGGGCUGUAUACGGACCACCCAGCUGUCUCCAAAGAAGACAGUCGAGUUCAGCCUGGACAGCCUCCCGUCCCUGCAGCACAAGGGAUUCUCCAUCGAGCCCUCCAGGGGUUCCGUGGAGCGCGGCCAGACCAAAACCAUCAGCAUCUCCUGGGUACCACCUGCCGACUUUGAUCCGGACCAUCCACUCAUGGUGUCAGCCCUGCUGCAGCUCAGGGGGGAUGUGAAGGAGACCUACAAGGUCAUCUUUAUAGCCCAGGUGGUGACCUGAGGCUACAGCAGCCUCCCCACAGAGCCCCCCCAGACGUUCCUGCCCAUCCUCAAAGCCCACUGCAAGCGUGAAACUGGCCAGACCUUGCCCAGGGGCCUGAGACCUGGGCAUCCCCUGCUGGGCAAGUUCAAGUGGACAGCCCUCUGCAUGGCCCAUAGCCAGGGGCCCCUGUCCCAUGGACGCUUCCCUUCCUGAUGCCCUGGACACAGCGAGCCCAGGGUCAGAGCACCCCCUUUCCUGGACCCCACACUCAGAACCAGCAAUAAAGCUAGUCCAGGCAACAGUCUGUCCCUAUCCUGAGCCCCUGGGAGCCCCCAGCCCCACCAGCACCCUCCCAGCCUUUAGAGGCCCCAGGGAGAGCUGCCCACACAGGCCUGUCAAUAAACUCUGAGACAAUA